CUUCAAUAUCGAACCCUUGCCUUCCACAAUCUACCACUCCACCAGACAAUGGCAAGAAGAAAAUUGGGAAAUUUUAUCAUUUUCUGCAAUUUUUUCCCCAGAAAGACUGUUGUGUUUGAAAUAUCUUUCUGCAAAGUGCUGAAAUUUAAUUCGAAUGGAAGAAAGGUAAUGUAACCUUCAUCCUAUUGUCGGAGCACUGCAAUGCUGCUUUUUUGGAUAUCUGGUGGCCUUUUUCGGCUGUGUAAUUGCCAGCUCGUAUUGAUGGUGAUAUGGAACUGCCCAGAAGAAGAAGAAGAAGGAGAUCCUCAGGACAAACAACUGGAGGACCAGAGCCCCCAAGCCCAACGCGCAUCGUUCAAGACAUCCUUUCAAUUAAUGCUGGAGAGGAUGUUGUUCAAACUAUCCUGGCUCACUUCAGGAACAUCCCCCGGCCUUCUCAAGAAUAUCUCGGAGUUGUCUUGUCAGCAACUGGAUCCGUCUUGAAUCCAGCCAUAUCUACCAGACUACUAACAAAAUCAUUUGAGGGAGCCUUUCCCAUUGCCCACCUUACAGGCCACUUCAUCAUCAAAAGAACUGGUAGAGUCGAACCACGUCAGGGCCUAAAUAUCACAUUUCGAGGCUCUGAUGGCGAGAUGGUUGGUGGCCGUGUGGAGGGUUCCCUGAUUGCUGCCACUAAAAUUCAGCUUUGCGUUGGCAGAUUCCCUCAUGAGGCUAAUUGAGGGCGUUCACCGAUGAGAUAGGAGUUGGCGAUGUCGUGUUUUUGGCGAGUUUGCUAAUUCCUAGAUACAUUGUUGUUGUUUGUGUGCACUAUGUGUGCAUGCGGCGUGCAAUAUAUAAUUAGAAAUGUUAUUUAGAAUACAAUUUUAAAAAUAUUGCAAGGGCUAUGUCCGAUGACUAAGGAUGUGGCAUCACAUUUUAACGUGAAAAUCAUGCAUCUAACAUUAGAAGCUUC